UCAGAAACAAAUAACUCUAGCAGUGAAACGGAACGAUCACAAGCGAAACACACAUAAACACGGCCAAAACGGGACACACGCUACAAUACGACCCAAAAAAAAAAAAAAAAAAAAACUCCUAGGAAUUCUUAAAAAUGACAUCACUACCCAAAUACUCUUCGAUGAGACGGAAAAAACCCGACCAAGCGAGCUUGGAUGAUUCGAUACGGAAGCGCAUGUUCCGGUUGAAAUUCCAACACACCGAACCGCUGGCCGUGAAUCUAAGGGAAUAUGGUUUGAUGCAAACCAGCCGCAAGGCGGACACGCCGUAUCCCCGGGCUGAGAAGGCCAUCGAUCCGAGUCUGCUGAAGGCGCGUCUUGUGGAGAGCAAAAAGAUGUAUGGCAAGGACCUGAAGAACGUCCCCUCCAUGCAAUCGACGGGCAGUGCGGAGGCACACAACGGACAAAACCUGCAACACAUAAGGAGUGUGGAGGCGGCCCCAGGACCCAUGCGAGACAGUGCCAGUCUUCUGUUGGGCACGCCCCAUCCCCGCAAGGGCAAGGCCCUCGAUCCCAAGUCUCUCAUCCGACAUCUGAGCACAGCCAAGGUCAGACGUUCAUCGUUGUUGGGUGCGGCUCGUAGUUCCUACGGACAUCUUCCCUCCUCACGCCCCUCCUUGUCGGCUCAUGUACGGGAAUCCGACAGCGCGCAGCAAUCCAGUCAAAGCCCCUCGGCGCUGACCAAACACAACCUCGGCAUUGGCACGCCGCAUCCAAUUAAGGGCUACAUCCUGAAUCCCCAUGAUCUGACCAAACGCCUGGAGGACAAGGUCGGCAAGGCCGGCAUGGCCACCACAGCGCCCCGAAAGGAUUCCCCUUUGAAGCGCCCGCAAGGCCAAAAUAAGGGGAAAAAAAAGGUGAGCAUUUCAUUGGAACGCGUCAGCACCGAGGAUAUGAGACAAACCUCCUGUCUGAGCUUUGGUUCGGCGCGCCACGACGGCGCCAGCCUCUCGGGCAACAAUAGCAGCUUCCUGACGGUGGAGAGCAGUCAUGAGUCCACCAGCUUCUUGAAGAUGUCCUUCGAGGAGCGGCGGCGUCUCUUCUACCAGGCAGAGUUCACCAUCGCCAAAAACGGGCGAAAGAUGAGCGACGUUGUCAUGGCAGUGCCGCAGAAGGUGGUGGAGAUCAGCGACAAGCAUGAAUGGCAGGGCCACGACGAGGAGGCGGACGAAGAGCUCGAGGAGUUCAUAAAGAAACAGGGUCUGAUCAAAACCGAACGCGAUCAGCUGACCAUCACAAAGAUGCCGCCAGCGACACUCUCGAGACGGUCGAGCGAAACGGACUCCGUGAGGAGCCGUUCACGAGGCAGCCGCAGGAGCUCCAUGAGACGCUAUCGCUCCUCAAAAAAGAACAUCAAAUUUAGUGCUUCCGAUAAAGAAAAGAAGCCGCAUCCCGACGUAUAAAUGAGAAGAGAGGGGGCCAAGAGUAGAGAGGGUACUGCAGAGUGAGAGAAGAAAAGUGGGAAAAAUCCUCAGUUCUCUUUUCUUACUCUGAGUAUCUCACUCUUUUGGCAGCAGUUUUUUUGAGCAAAUUUCAAGUCUAAUUCUUCCAAAACCGAUCUUUUCUUUCGAUCUGAUAAUCCUUUAUUCAUUUAAUACCAAGCGAUUAAUCUUAAAAACGUUAUGUUUUACGAAUAAAUUCCAAUCAUUGAA